UUCCGAGUCGGAGCCAACAGUCUCUCUCUUUCGCACACUGACAGCAAUCAUUUUCCAGUUCUCAAAUCAAUCAAACCCGACGAAAAUGGCGAACCAUCGGACCGCACGUACGGCGGAGAGAGGAGCCGGCGUGAGGUUCAGCUUCAGAGUGUUGGGCUGGGCCAUCACAGUGGCUCUCUGCCUCUUUUUCACUUUCUCUUUUCUCUUCACGUCUCGCACCGACACUUCCCACCUCCACCACCUUGGUUUCGACUCGGGUUCAUAUGGAUUGGGAAUCACGAGAAGAUCCGUACUCGCGCUCAAAUCGGACCCUCUCAAGCCCCGGCUGGACCAGAUCCGGAAGCAAGCGGACGACCACCGGUCAUUGGCUCUGGCGUACGCUUCGUAUGCGCGAAAGCUCAAGCUCGAGAACUCCAAGCUCGUUAGGGUUUUCGCCGAUCUCUCGCGGAACUACUCCGAUCUCCUCAACAAGCCCUUGUAUCACGCUCUCUACGAAUCCGACGCGCCCUCCCUCGAUGAAUCGGUGUUGCGGCAAUUCGAGAAGGAAGUGAAGGAGCGAAUCAAAGUGACGAGGCAAGUGAUCGCGGAAGCGAAGGAGUCUUUCGAUAACCAGUUGAAGAUCCAGAAGUUGAAGGAUACCAUUUUUGCAGUGAAUGAGCAGUUAACCAAGGCAAAGAAGCAAGGAGCUUUCUCGAGCUUGAUAGCCGCGAAAUCGAUACCCAAAAGCUUGCAUUGCCUCGCAAUGCGGUUGAUGGAAGAGCGAAUCGCCCAUCCGGAGAAAUAUUCAGAUGAGGGGAAGCUGACUCCACCGGAGUUGGAGGAUCCGAAGCUUUACCACUAUGCGAUUUUCUCCGAUAAUGUGGUUGCAGCGUCGGUGGUGGUCAAUUCGGCGGUGAAGAACUCGAAGGAGCCUUGGAAACAUGUUUUCCAUGUUGUGACUGAUAAGAUGAAUCUCGGUGCGAUGCAGGUUAUGUUCAAAUUGAAGGACUAUAAUGGAGCGCACAUUGAAGUGAAGGCAGUUGAGGAUUACAAGUUCUUGAACUCUUCUUAUGUGCCGGUGCUUCGGCAGUUGGAGUCUUCAAAUCUUCAGAGGUUUUACUUUGAGAAUAAGCUUGAGAAUGCAACAAAGGACACCACGAACAUGAAGUUUCGGAACCCAAAGUAUUUGUCAAUACUGAAUCACUUGAGGUUUUAUUUGCCGGAAAUGUACCCGAAAUUGCAUAGGAUUUUGUUUUUGGAUGAUGAUAUUGUGGUUCAGAGGGACUUGACAGGGUUGUGGAAGAUAGAUAUGGAUGGGAAGGUGAAUGGGGCGGUGGAGACAUGUUUUGGGUCGUUCCAUCGCUAUGCACAGUACAUGAAUUUCUCACACCCUUUGAUUAGGGAGAAGUUUAACCCAAAAGCUUGCGCGUGGGCUUAUGGGAUGAACUUCUUUGAUUUGGAUGCUUGGAGGAGGGAGAAGUGCACGGAAGAAUAUCAUUACUGGCAGAAUCUGAAUGAGAACCGUACGUUGUGGAAAUUGGGGACAUUGCCCCCAGGUCUAAUCACAUUUUACUCAACAACGAAGCCACUCGACAAGUCAUGGCAUGUUCUUGGACUUGGUUACAAUCCGAGCAUUAGCAUGGAUGAGAUCCGCAAUGCUGCAGUGGUGCACUUCAAUGGGAAUAUGAAGCCAUGGCUUGACAUUGCCAUGAAUCAGUUUCGACCCCUUUGGACAAAGUACGUUGACUAUGAUUUAGAGUUUGUCCAGGCUUGUAAUUUUGGUCUCUAAAUAAUGAUUCAUAGUUGAAGUCUCCCUCCAAGGAAUUUGCGUAUACUGGCCCCAUAGCAAGCAUCAUCUCAUUAGUUCUGUUGCUAUUAUUUACCCCUUAACCAAGUCCUUAUUCUGCACGCAAGAAAAUUUGCUUUCUACCCAAGUGUAAAGUACUUCUUUGCUAUAUCAGUUUUAGAAUUCCUCUUUGAAUUGUC